AUGGGUGGUGGUGGAGAUAUGGUAAUGAAGCCUGCAUGGCUAGAAGGGCUAAUGGCUGAGACAUUCUUUGCUGCAUGUGGGGUCCACGAGAAUCGAAGGAAGAAUGAGAAGAACAUCUUCUGCUUGGAUUGUUGUCAAAGCUUUUGCCCUCACUGUCUUUCUUAUCAUCGCUCUCAUCCCUUACUUCAGGUGAGAAGAUAUGUUUACCAAGAUGUUGUUAGAUUGGACGACCUCGAGAAGCUCAUUGACUGUUCCUAUAUUCAGCCCUACACCAUAAACAGUGCCAAAGUGAUAUUCUUGAAUCAGAGGGCACAAUCUAGGUCUUGUAAGGGCCCUGCCAAUAGUUGCUUCACCUGUGACAGGAUUCUUCAGGAACCAUUCAACUUCUGCUCUCUUUCUUGCAAGGUUGAUCAUAUGGUAUACCAAGGGGAAGACUUAUCAACUAUCUUAUAUGGGUUCAAUGGAUCCGAUUUCACAUUCUCACAAUUUGAGGGGCUAAAUAUGGAUGGGUCGGAGCUCCUCGACGACGAUUGCCAAAUUACACCAAACUCCAUCCUGGAUGACACUUUACAAUUCCGAGACUCCUCAUGCUCGAAUAAUUCCAUGGAGAAUUCAGGAAUUUCACCCACCUCAGAGGUGGCGAAAAAGAAGAAAAAAGGAAGUGGCUUCCUCCCUGGGAUUGUUCUCUCUUUGAGCAGCAGGAGAAAAGGAGCUCCUCAUAGAUCUCCUCUCUCUUAAAAAGAAUUUUAUGAAAAAGUUUUAUG